GCGGACUUCUGAGUCAACUCGUGACUCGGGAGCAUACGUAAAUCGAAAAUCUGGUGCCAUUGAAAAGCUUCCAUUUUUCACAAAUGCGAAUCGUGAGAACAUAGCAUUCAUAGAGUUUAUGCCAUCCGAAUCUCCACCCCUUUUUUCAAUCAUAAAUUUGUUCAUAAUGACGGUUUGAUUGAUUCAUAGAGGGGGUGGUGGUGUUUAGAUCCUUUAGGUAUUCGAAAAAAUAUUCACGAAAUAUAGAUCUUGAUUGACCAAUUAAUCACACCCAUUUCGGAUUAAAAAAUGUUGGCUGAUUUUGUUCUCGUCUACACAAGAUAAUAAGUUGCUCACAGACGAAGGGAACUAAAUCUGUUGGAACCUUUAUAAGGGAAGAGUUUGUUAUACACAUGCCAUUCUAGUGUUUAUUUUUAUCAAGUUGGAAGAGUAAAUAAAGACAUCACCAACUUCAAAAUACAGCGCAGUAUUUUAGAAACUACAAGAUAAUGUCAGAAGGGGAAGAUGAAAUUGAGGUGAGAUUAGAAAAUCAUGUUGGAGAUGCUGUACAACCUUAUCCAAAAUUGAAUGACCCGAGUCCUCAAAAUAGCGGAGAUCUAAAUGAGGAUACUGCUUUAUCCGAUGGUAGCCUCAAUUCUGAAAAAUUGAAUGAUCCGAGUCCUCAAAAUAAUGGAGAUCUAAAUGAGGGUGCUGCUUUAUCUGAUAGUAACCUCAAUUCCGAAAAUUUGAAUGACACAAGUCCUCAAAAUAGUGGAGAUCUAAAUGAGGCUGCUGCUUUAUCUGAUAGUAACCUCAAUUCUGAAAAAUUGAAUGCCACGAGUCCUCAACAUAGUGGAGAUCUAAAUGAGGGUAGUGCUAUAUCAAAUAGUAACCUUAAUUCUGAAAAAUUGAAUGACCCGAGUCCUCAAAAUAGUGGAGAUCUAAAUGAGGGUACUGCUUUAUCCAACGGUAACCUCAAUUCUGAUGAUACUCAAGAUCAGCUGAUGCAAAUGGUGGUAGAGCUUAAGUUUCAGAAUGAGUACUUGAAGUCUCAAUUCCAGGAAUUGAAGAAUGUACACACAGAGUCAGCUGGUUCUUUCCAACAAGCUAAAGCAAUUGAUCAAGAUGGCGAAUUUGGAGGUUCCAAAGAGUUGCAUGACAAAAUAGAUUCCUUGAGUAAAGAACUUAUAGAAGAAAGACAGACACGGGGUGCUGCAGAGGCAGCUCUGGAGCAUCUUCGAGCAGAAUACUCAGAUGCCGAUGCCAAGUCCCAAGAGCUUGCUGCUAAACUAGCUGAAGCUGAAAAAAAUCUGGAUCAACAAAUAAAAGAGCGUGAUGAGAAGUACUCUGAGCUUGAUUCUAAGUUAAACAGGCUUCACAAGCGAGCAAAACAACGAAUCCAAGAGGUUCAGAAGGAGAAAGAUGACCUUGAGGCCAAGUAUCGUGAAGUCAAUGAGAAGGCAGAGCAGGCUUCAUUGCAGUUGUCAGGAUUGCAGCAGGAACUUGAUCGCACACGCCAAAACGCUAAUGAGGCGCUGAAAGCAAUUGAUACAGAGAGGCAACAAUUGCGAAGUGCAAACAAUAGACUUCGAGACAGUCUUGAAGAGAUGCGCCGUUCUGUGGAGCCUAAAGAUAAUGCUAUUGAGACAUUGCAACAGUCGCUACUAGAAAAAGAACAGAUGCUAGACAACAUGCGAGGGCAACUGCAAGCUGCAGAAGAGAAGAGACAAGCUUCAAUGGCAGAACUUUCUUCAAAGCAUCAAAAGCAAAUAGAAAAUCUGGAAGCUCAACUUGCCGACUCAUCAGCAGAUAGAACCAAAGCAACAGAAACAAUCUCUUCUCUGCAGAGACUUGUUGCAGAAAAAGAGUCAAAAUUGGCAGAGAUGGAUGCAGCCUCAACUGGUGAAGCAGCAAGGCUUAAAGCCGCCAUGGAGACUAUUAAAGGAGAACUUACUCACCUGAAACAUGAGCAUGAGAAAGAAAAAGAAACAUGGGUCGUUGCCUCCCAGGCACUCAGCAGGAAGCUAGAGAUUGCCGAGAGUAACUGCAUACGCGCUGAAAUUGAAGCUGCCAAAAUGAAAAGUCAGAUGGAACUAGAACUGUCUGUGCAAAGUCAACUGUCAAACACAAAAGAUGCUGAAUUACUGGCCGCCAAAGAGGAGAUCAGCCGUCUAGAAAGUGAAUUUACUUCCUACAAGGCUCGUGCUCAUGCACUUCUUCAGAGAAAGGAUGCAGAGCUGGCCUCUGCUAAAGAUAACGAACAACUUGCAGCUCUGGAAGAAGCACUGAAGGAGGCCGAGAAUGAAAUACUGACGACAUCUGCUGAAAGGGACAAAGCCCUCCAAGAUCUUGAGAAUGCUCUAAGUCGUCAUGAAAAGGAGCUCAGUGCUAGAGAUGAAGCUCUUGGCCUCACUGAGCAACAGGUGAAGAGCGUGGAAAUGAAGCUCUCUUCUGCACUUUCUAGCCAUCAAUCCGAGAAAGAAUCUUGGGAAAAGAACCUUCAAAAUGUAGAAGAAAUGUGGCAAUUGAGAUUUCAGGCACUAAAGUCCGAAGUUGAACAACAAAAGUCAUCACCUAGUGAAACUCUACAAAAAGAAUUGCAGGAUCUCCAGACACGAUAUAAAAAAUUGAAGGAAGAACAUGAUUCAUUUCGUGAUCUUGCUGAUAAAUUGAUUGAAGAGAAGGACAUGGAGAUUUCAAAGCUUGUAGACAACAAUAAGAAUCUUCUUCGUUCAUUAUCAUCGAAACAAUCGGCAAAUAACAAUGAAAAUGGCCACAAUAUGGCUUUCUCAAGACAGGAUACAACAAACUCAAACACCUCAAUUGAAGAACAUCAGAUAUUGAUUUUGGCGAGGCAACAAGCUCAAAGGGAGGAAGAGUUAGCUCAGUCACAGCGACACAUUCUUGCGCUUCAAGAGGAACUUGAAGAGCUUGAACGUGAAAAUCGUCUUCACAGCCAGCAGCAAGCUAUGUUGAAGGAAGAGCUCCGAAACAUGGAAAGAUCAAAAAAGAGGGAAGGAGUCGAUAUGACGUAUCUUAAAAAUGUCAUAUUAAAGCUUCUUGAAACAGGUGAAGUUGGGGCUCUACUACCUGUUAUUGCAAUGCUCCUUCAAUUCAGCCCUGAAGAGUUGCAAAAGUGUCAAAACGCAUAUAGCUCUUCAACCGAUGUUCCACCGAGCCCGGGCCCAAGCCCAGGAAGUGAGCCACCGGGAUCUGGGCUCUCUCUCUUUUCACGCUUCUCCUUCUCAUAGGAAGUCUAUGAGGCCGAACUGUGUAGCGGUGCAGCAGCGUCUGGUUUGCAUGGUGAUUUUUGUAUUCUUUUUGUAACAAUUUACUUUUUAAUGCAAAAAAGGAGGAAAUUUUAUACACAAAACAUGAAAAGAUGAUCAGGAAGUAUCCUGGAGCAGCCUUGAGAUUUUGUAUCAUGAUUUCAUCAUAAGCAGUAGUGCUGUAUGUAUAGAAGCUUUUCUUUCAGUUUCUUGAUGACUUAAA